AUGGUAGAAGAAGUAGCAGAAGCGACAAGAAGAAAUCGGUUAGAAAGAACAUGGUCGGGUACCAAGUUUUGGGGGCAAGGUGGAGGAAAAGGGAGCAACGUUGAUGUAAGGACAAGAACGGAUUCCAUUCAGUUGCGAAAAGCAAGAAUCGAAAGUAAUCUCCGAAGGUUAGGAGCACCUGGAGGAGAUGGAAUAGGACAACCAAUUGGAAAAUUAUUGCGGAAGCAUGAAGAUUGGAAAGGGUAA